UAUAGCCUUCCGUUUAUGGGCAAAGCAUUGCGACAAAAUGAGCAAGGUUUUUGAAUUAGUAAGAAAAACGGCUUCCCGUGUUUACAGAUCGCGAAAAUAUGAGGCCGAGGAAUCUCAUCAACUUGAAGACCAGGAAAUCGUAAAAUAUUCAUCCUCGUGUUACAACUUGUACCAGGCGUGCAUCGUUGGAGACAUUGGUGCGGUGAAUUAUUACAUCAGCGUUAGGCUCAAAGAUGUCAACGAACCGGACAAAAAUGGUAGCACAGCUUUGUUUUACAGCAUUCAGAAAAACCACGUGGUGCUGGUGAAGGAUCUCAUAAAAGCUGGAGCGGACGUGAACUUGGUGGCAAGUUUAGAAGAAGGAAUAAUGGUCACUCCAGUGCACAUCGCAGCCAAAUACAACAGAUGCGAGUGUUUGAAAAUCCUCUUGGAAAACGGCGCUGAUGCCAACAUCGGAGAUUCCUUUGGACAAACGCCGUUGCAUACCGCCGCAAGACGGAAACUCAAUGAAAUGGUCAAGAUUCUAAUCGUGGAUGGCAAGGCAAACGUGAACAGUGCUGAUCAUGACAUGGUAACGUCGUUACAUCUGACUGCUACCCCGGGAAAUGACUGCGAGAGACCGACGGUUGUGAAAACACUGCUUGAUUGCGGUGCGAAUCCGUUUUGUCAAGACAACGAGGGAAGCAGCGUAUUUCACGAGGCUGCCGAAAAUGGCGUUGAUGAUGUCUUGGAAAUAUUAUUUGAAUAUGGAGGUUUCCACAAGGGCUCGUAUCUUGGCGUGGCGGACGUCUUGAAUAAACCGCGAAACGAUGGCUGCAAUUGUCUACAUCUUGCUGUGAAAAAUGGUCACGAAAAGGUGGUGCAAAUGUUCAUUGAUAACAAGGCUAACGUGAAUCAAAAAUCGGGCAAUGGCGACACUCCGCUGCACAUUGCAUGUGCCCGAGGUCAUUUGAACACGUGUAAAAUCUUACUGGAAAACGGCGCGGACAUCUGCUCUACAGAUUCUUCAAACAUGCUGCCAAUUCACAGGGCUGCAUCGAAGGGGCAUGUUGAAUGUCUGGAGUACCUUAUAAACAAGGGUCGGAAUAUCGAUGCUUCUCAUUACUGCGGUUCAGCUUUGUUGGCGGCGAGCCGUUGCAUGCAGCACGAGGCGGUUAAGUACCUGCUCGACGCCGGGGCAUCUGUGACGGAGAGGAAUCAGAUGAUGGAUACCUGUCUACAUGUAGCGGUAGGGAAAGGCGAUAUUCGCACCGUGAAAGUAAUCAUGGAGAAAUGCAGUGAUUCUCUCAUGGAACUGAGGGACAAAAACGAAAGAACCGCGCUACACAUCGCCGCGGCAAAUGGCAACGUCGAGGUAAUGAACAUUCUGUUGUCUUACAAACCAGAUGUUGUGGCGAUUGAUGACAGAGGAAAAUGCCCGCUGCAUAUCGCUGCAGAAAACAACAACCUGGAUUGUGCGCGGAUUCUGAUAGAAGCAGACAAGGACUGCGUAAACUACACGGACUUUAUGUGGCGCACACCACUACAUUUGGCAAGCGUUUAUUCUCGCGAUAAGAAAUUAAUACAGCUUCUGUUAGAAAAUGGGGCCGAUGUCAAUGCAAGGGACGAUAGACGUUGGACUCCUUUGCUUUACGUGGCUGCGGCAGGCUGCCCAUGUUGUACCAAAAUACUUGUCGAGAAUGGAGCAAAGUUGAAUGAAUGGGACAAAAACAGGAUGACACCGUUGAGCUUAGCUGCUAGCAGGAAUAAGGUUAAUGCUGUGAAGGCCCUGUUGGAUCAUGGAGCUGACGUGACAAUCCUUAAUGGCGACGGACUCAGCUGUAUGGACAUUGCUCUAAAUAAUCGCUUCCAUGAUGUUUGCAUGGUCAUUGCGACAAGCGAUAAAUGGAAAGAAGCACUAGUUUCGUGCGCAACGGUUGAAAAUUGCCUUGACGUUUCUCCGGAAGUCGCAAAGGUAAUCCUCGACAGGUGUAUCGAGACCAGUGGAAGAGAAAUUGACAAGGAUUAUAAAGUCACUUAUCGCUUUGAUUUGCUUGACCCUGAUCCAGAUGAAAAACUAACUUACUACGGCCCAUUGGUGAUGAAAAAGUCGAGACGAAACGAACUUCUAAUACAUCCUUUGACCAAGAAAUUACUCCACGUAAACUGGAAGAAUGGUGUACGAUAUAUUUACUACACUGAAAUGUUUCUGCUUGCCUUGGCUCUGGUGUUUUUGACUCUAUUCAUGUUUUGGGUGCGAAAGCUGAUUGGGGAAUGCUACGAAAAGAUAAAAGCUCAGGCGAACGACACUUCGUUUACGCCAUCAGAUCUUCCUCAAGCGUAUUUUACUAAUGGAAGUUUUUGUGCUGAAAAGAUCGACGACUAUCAUCCAAUUUUUAUGUUCGCUUCCCGUUCGGUAUUCUCCUUCUACUUUGUGUUCUGCUUGCUCAAAGAACUAAAUCAGCUUCGUUUAGAGCGUUUUGAAUAUUUUCGUGAAAUUACUAACUACUUGGACUUGGCGGUAUCCAUAUUGUUCUUGUUGUUCCUUGAUAUACCAAGCUGCGAUCCGAUUCCAUUUGAACGGCUGAAAUUCGGAACAGUCGGACUCUUUGCGUACUAUUUCUUGAUGUUCCUUUGGACUAGAGGGUUAUCUCGUUUUGGAAUAUACAUUACCAUGUUCUUGGAAGUCUUGUCAACGCUCCUUCAGGUCGUUUCUGGAUUCGCUUUGCUAUUCAUUUGCUUCACGAUGUCAUUCUUUAUCGUAUUCACGGAGUCUAAAGACGAAGAAUUUAAUACUCCUGAAAAUUCGUUUCUCAAAGUGUUGUCAAUGGUGAUGGGUGAACUAGAUUACUCAGGUCUGCGACAACACGCAAGUGAACUACCUUCGGAUAUGGAGUACAUCGCGAUUGGCAUCUUCAUCGUAUUCUGCUUAACGAUGGCACUAGUCGUCAAUAAUUUGCUCAUUGGUUUAGCGGUUGGUGAUAUUGAGGCAGUUCAAAAGAAUGCAGAAAUAAAACUUCUGUCAUUGCAGGUGACCCAGAUACUCGACGCCAGAGCGAAGAUGUUUACUGGCUUUUUACGGCGAAAAUGUUACGUCUCAGAAUGCACCGAGCUGCCGAACAGAAAUGAUUGCGAAGCUGAGAUUCGGGAACAGGCAUACAAAAUGCGAAAUCUAGAAAAGAUAAAAAGAGAGAGGACAAAUGGCACUGUGAAUUUAGCAUCGGACCAAACUGCGUAAGAAUGAAAGAAAACGAAGUACGAGGUGUAAAAUACUGGUGAUUAUUUGCUUGUCACGUAGAAAACAGAGAGUUGUUAGAAGAACGAGAACAGAUGUCUAAUAGGCUUCGUAUUUUCGAGAUU